AGGCGGCGUCGUCAGUUACCAACAGACCGCGGCACCGUUCGUACGUACCACGGCAAGAGACAUGAAUCGAGUUCGCUGCACGCACAGCUCGGGUCUCUGAACAAAGACUGGCACUGUUUUUAACUCUCGUGUUCCUCUCGUCCCGUGUAAAACGUAAAGAAAUACAAAUGAAAUAUAAAAAUAACCAUACGAAUAAAUAAAAGAAAUUUUUUAAAUUAUAAAUCAACCACUCGCGCUGCUUGGAGCGUUUCGAAACAUAAUCAUCGCUGAAGAAAAUAAACGUCGCCUGGACACAUUCCUGAUUAUUUAUUUAAUCAUUAUCCGAUAAUCGAGACAUAAUUGUUGAACGAACAAAAAUUAGUUUUUUAAAGUUUUGUGGUUAUUGUAUGCUCGAUCGGAUGCUCACCGGCUAAUCCACACAUGGUUCACACACGUUGAUACCGUGAAUUUAAGAAAAACAAAGUAAAUUAAUUAAAUAUCGAGUUUGGUUGGUUUCAGUCUAUUUUUAAAAUACAACUACAACAAAGAGAAGAAAGUUUCAACCGAAAGGAUAAUCAAAUUGAUAACAAGUUCUUUCAGAAACGAAAUCGAAAAAAAAAUCGUCAGAAAGAAUACGGAAACAAAUUGAUAAACGAACUGAUUUUUGACAAAAGUUUUUCUUGUUGGUUGAUGUUUGAAUGAUAAUAAUAAUUAUAAAUAAAUCGCACCAAGUUUGCUGCUAUUUGUGAAAUACGAAAAAAAAAACGUAUUAUGUUAUAAAUAAUCGUUUAAUUUUUGUUUUGUGUGUCUUAUCAUAUUUCUGGGAAAGUUUUUAUUUUCUCUAUUUUUCAUCUCUUACUUUAUCAAAAAAUCUUUUACGUUGUUCUCAGUUUUUUCUUCAAAUUGAAAAUAACAAAAAUAUAAUCAUAAGAUAUUUAUACAUCGCAACAUCCUGAGACGAUUUCGGCUCGACACGACAUAUCCGCAUCGAGAAGAAGAAUAUUAAUAGUAAUAAUUAUAAUAAUCGAAUUGGAAAGGAAGAAUCUUUUCGUACUAUCAUCAAUUUCAACGCAAAUGGAGUAAUUGCGUUGGUCUGAAAUAAAAAUUUUCAAAACAAUAAAGUAAAGUGGACGAAAGAAAAACCCGUCUUCUCCAGCACCACGGUUAGUUUUCAACGUUAUUAACAAAGAAAAACUGGAUAACCUUGGAGUGUUUUUAACGGACCAACAACCCCUGGAUCAGAUAAUAAAUAAAAUUAAGAAGAGUAAUAAUCAGGGCGACAUUUUAAUCCCGACAAUACAAAGCAAACUUCCGCGUGAGCUCUCGUUGGAUCUCUGGAAGGACGGAAGAAGAGAAAAAGAAGAGUAAAGAAUAAAAAACGAAUUGAGAAAAAUAAAGGAAAACACGACGCGUCAUAACCUGAAAAAGAAUCAAGGCGGAGUAUUUGAAGAGGAUACUGAUAAGAAGUGUGAGAAUAAAAAUCCGUUGGAAGUCAGUGAGUUUCGGAAUAGGCGAAAAUCAACGAUUUGAACGCUCUAUCAUCGUACGAAAGAGACGAUUAUACGACAUUUUCGUGUACAACGACAUCGGCGACGUUAUUUUAUCCCCUCAUUCGUACCACUGCGUGUGUUUUGUGUGAGAAGUGUUAUCUGGAAAAUAAAUAAAUAGAUUGAAGAGUAAUAAAAAAGAAAAGAAAAAAACAACAAAAAGAAAGAAAUCACAGUAAAUAAAUGCUGAUGAAGUAAUAAAUCCUAGUCGACAGAAUUAGUCUCUUUAGUGGAAAGGUAUCGCGCGAUCAUCGAGAUAAUAUACUUGAGAAAGAGAAAAAGUUUUACAGUGACAUGUGCCACGACGAUCAUCCCAACUAGAAUACAAAAAUAAUAAUAAAAGUUUACAAACAAACUGUUAUCAUCGUCAAUCGGAUUCGCCAAAAGCGAAUAGGAGAUAAAAAGGAAUCCACGUAUUAUCGCACCGCACGUUGAAAAUCAUACGCGUUUAGAUACGAGUGAAAUUCCUUUGUUCUCUGGCUACGGAUUAUCCUCGUAUAUACGGGAUGCCGGUUGACUGAAGAUGGCCUCACCGACACCAUCGUUGGAAUCACGUGCAAACUCCCUUGGAUCGUUAUCCUCGCUGUCACCGUCGACGGUGAGUGGCAGCUCCCCACCGGCAAGCGACUCCGCGAUCUGUGACGUCGACAGCUGCGACCUUUGCCUCGACGCUAAACCAGGCGACGCACCUUGCCCACAUUGCAGAUUAGGAGGAGUACGUUGCACCGGUUGUAAAUCAACCGAAUCAGACGCUGUAGCUAGGUGUUUCGAUUGUGCCAAUUUUCUUUGUCCGAAUUGCGUAAUGGCACACCAAUUCAUGCACUGUUUCGAAGGUCACCGGGUACUCAAUCUCGGUGAUUCUAAAAUAGAAGAACCCAAAAACAAUAUCGUAGUCAACGGAGGUAAGGGAGACAAAGCUCUCGUCUGUCCCAGACAUAAGAGCGAACUGUUAAAAUAUUACUGCAGGCCUUGUAACGUACCGGUGUGCAAAGAAUGUACCGUAACGGAUCACCCGGGACCAUUGCACGAUUGUGCUCACAUUUCGGAGGCAGGACCGCAACAAUUGGAGGCGGUCGCCCGCGCCGUUCACGAAGGUAGAGUCAGAGUGUCGGACAUAAGGUCGGCCGUGAAAGCUGCCGAUCACGGAGCCGCUAGGCUUCAGGUACAAUAUCACAAAGCCCAGAACGAGAUAAACGACACCUUCCAGUUUUAUCGAUCGAUGCUCGAAGAGCGAAAACAAGAACUCCUCAAAGAACUGGAGUCCGUGUUCUCGGCUAAACACAUAUCACUCGGUGUGAUAACGCAAAAGGCCAAUGAAACCGCCGACAAAUUACAACAAACUUGCGACUUCGUCGAAAGACUCACGAAGUUCACGACGGUGACGGAGGUGUUGAUGGUGAAAAAAUUAUUGGACGCGAAACUCCAGGCUCUCAUGAACUCUACGCCGGACGUUUCGAAUCAUUCGGCCGAUCUCGAAUUCGUCAGUAACUAUCAGGCCAUCCAAGUCGGCGUGAGGAACACGUUCGGCUACGUUAGAAGCAGCAGCGAAAGUAACGCCGGACCCAGCAAACAACCACCAAUCGCGAGACCAACGGCACUCUCAAGCGGAAGUAGCAACGGCAGCAGCGGUCCAGGAAGCGCCGGUUCACUGGGUGGUCUUCUCCUGGACAGACCGUACAGUAACGGACUAGUGUCGACGAGUACGACUUGUGCACCGUCUACGUCACCUUCGCCGUUCGAAAGUAACGUGAUAUCGAAGAGGUUCAGUUCCGCGAACAGUUUGGGACCAUUCUCCACCACGAUAAGCGACUUGAAUUUGAACGGCAUGAAGCCUUACGAGAAAUGGAGCAACGGCGGAAGCGACAGUUUCCCGGUAUCGGCUAACGAACACUACCCUCUGCCAACGGUACCGACGGACUCGGUGCUCGAUCUAACGUCGAAACUGAUGUCGGCGGCGAUAUUCCCACCGAAGUCGCAGAUAAAACGUCAGAAGAUGAUCUAUCAUUGUAAAUUCGGCGAAUUCGGGGUUAUGGAGGGUCAGUUUACGGAACCGUCGGGUGUAGCGGUGAACGCACAGAACGACAUCAUUGUCGCCGACACGAACAAUCAUCGUAUACAAAUAUUCGACAAAGAGGGACGUUUCAAAUUUCAAUUUGGAGAAUGCGGUAAACGAGAUGGUCAACUUUUGUAUCCCAACAGAGUGGCGGUUGUGCGUACAUCGGGCGAUAUUAUCGUUACCGAACGAUCGCCCACCCAUCAGAUACAAAUCUACAAUCAAUACGGUCAAUUCGUACGUAAAUUCGGGGCUAACAUUUUGCAGCAUCCGAGGGGCGUCACCGUCGAUUCAAAGGGUAGAAUCGUCGUGGUCGAAUGCAAAGUAAUGAGAGUUAUAAUAUUCGACCAAGCCGGCACCGUGCUUCAAAAAUUCGGCUGCUCGAAACAUCUAGAAUUCCCGAACGGGGUCGUGGUGAAUGACAAACAAGAGAUAUUCAUCAGCGACAAUCGCGCCCACUGCGUAAAGGUAUUCAAUUACGAGGGUGCUUACCUACGUCAAAUCGGUGGCGAGGGCAUAACGAAUUACCCGAUCGGCGUCGGUAUAAAUGCCGCCGGAGAAAUACUCAUCGCUGACAAUCACAAUAAUUUCAAUCUCACCAUAUUCACUCAGGACGGACAAUUGGUAUCGGCUCUCGAGAGCAAAGUUAAGCAUGCACAGUGUUUCGACGUCGCUUUAAUGGACGACGGUUCGGUCGUACUCGCGAGCAAGGAUUACCGACUUUACAUAUAUCGUUACGUUCAAGUACCACCGAUAGGCAUGUAGACUAAACCGAUGAAAGGUACGUCGACAACAAUCCAAAAGAAAAGGAGGAAAAGGAAACAUCCGUAAUCAAUUGAAAUUGUAUAAUGCGUCGAUCGAUCGUAUUCGUCGGAUCGAUUCAAUCGGGACUGCAAUUAUCCUUUGAUCCGCCGAUUAAAAAUUGCGGAUCGUUAUUUUUAUCUUAACUAUUCAAUCGGUGUGUGCAGGUGUCCUCAUUGGUCAGGUAUCAGUGUAUCAUUGAUCCUUUAAAGAUAUCAUUGUUGGUUUUGUGUUAUUGUUUUUAACUAUUAUUUUUUAAUUUCCUCAUUCUCUUGAUUAUUUUCUUACCUAUACACUCGAUUUGUUUUUUAAUUUUACGAUAACGACGCUCGGCGCAAUGCACAAAAUGCGUUCGCUUAUUUAUCAUUAUUAUUGAUCUUAUCAUCAUUAACAUUACUAUUAAUACCUAAUAUUUUUAAUUAAUAUUAUCCUCAUGCGAAUGCUUGAUUACCGAUCUAAACUGACAUUGGAGAGGAGCACGCGUGCACACUGACGUUUAUCGAUAAGAAAUAAAUUUACAAUAACGAGAGAAGAGAAAAUAAAGUAACGUUAAGAAGCAGGAGGAGUAAAAACGAAGGGUAUGAGAAAAGGAGGAAAACCAUGAAAAAAAAAAACAAAAAAAACUUACUUGUUAAUGUUGUUAUAACUGAUAAUACUGUUGUUGUUGUUUAGUUGUAGAGCUCGCCGCCGCUAGUCACUUGUUCUCCCUUUGAAAAACUCCCCAUCUUCAUCUUCCACGCGACCAAAACCUAUAUUUCCUAUAUACACUAUAUUACAAUUAUUAUUAUUAUUAUUAUUAUUAUAACUAUUAUUUUUAUUACUAUUAUCACUAUUCUUAUUAUUAUUACUAUUAUUACUAUUAGAGUAAAUGAAACAACAAGAAAAAAAAAUUAAGCAAAACGAAACUAAAGUAAAAGUAAAAUGAAAAGUGAAAGAUAAAAAUGAGAAACAAUCAUUUAAAUAUCAUCAAUGGUUAUGAAUGUUGAAAAUAAUCAUCGUAUAUCGUCAUUGCCAAACACAAAACCACCACCAUCAUCAUUUAUCAUACCGUAUCACAAUGUUAUAUACAUAUAUAUAUCAUCAAAAUAAGUUUUUGUUGUUAUUAUAUAAUAUCGGCAUUUGGCGUGACGUCUGCGCGCAUCUUGAAUCAUAUAUUAUUAUUAUAAUUAUGAGAAUCAAUCACACGAUCAUUCCUUGUUCAUUAUUAUCGUCGUUACAUAUAUUAUAUUGUUUUCUUUUUUACCCCCUUUCCUCUUCCCCUACCUCUGCCUCUUCCUCCAACGGUAUAACGAUAAAACAAAAUGGAGAAUAGUUGUUUUUUUAUACAGCUUUAACGUUUUCUCGUGUAUCCCCUUGUUUUUGAUCAUUAAUUUGUAAUAUUAUCCAUUAUUAUUAUUAUUAUUAUUACUAUUAUUAUUGUUGUUUUUAAAUUGGAACAACUCUCUCUACAUUCUAUCUCUCUCUCCUUAAUGAAAAUAAAUCUUUAAUAAUUUGUUAUGUUAUCUUAUAGGUGGUUAAGUAAUUGAAAAAAAAAAGUAACAAACAAAUAAAAACUCAACAAAGCGAAACAGUAAGAAGAAAAACGAAACUGAAAAUCAAUGAAACACAAAAUAAUGGUAUAUAAGAUGAAAGAAACUUGACUUUCUUGAUACACAAGAGAUCUGCGCGAGGUGCAUUUAUCAAAUAUCUUAAUUUAUAUUAGUGAAUAUACUACUAAGUUAGUGAACUUUUAUGUGGUAUGAUACGUAUAUUAUUAUUAAUAUUAUUUUGUUCGUUUGUUUUAUUAUUGUGUAUAGUAGACAUUACGUACCUUACAAGUAUAACUAAGUAUGUUUCGUGCGUUGUUCCGCGUAUCGUACUAAACCUCCACUAAUUACUAUUCUCAUUAUUAAUUACGAUUAUUUUUUUUUUAUUUUCUGUCCCCCUUAGUGUAAUAUCAUCAAUUGCACGCUGAAAUAGAUGCCAAAAAGUAAAAAAUAAUAAUUACGGAGGGGUAAAGAAAAAUGGCGAAUCAAAUUUUUCCUGCCACUUAGUUUUCUUUACUCUUCGUUUUUUAUUUUUGUUUUUAUCACCAAAUUUGUUACACAUAGGAGAAUCGAGGGAAUAGAAUAUAUUUUUGCGAUUGCGGCGGGAAAGGGAGAUGAAUAAUUGAUCUGAUCAAACGAUAGGUGCGAAAGUGGUUUAUUUGGACGAGGCAAGAAAAAAAAUCAGUCGAAAUUUCAACAAAAUUUGGACCCACAGAAUUAUUUUUAUACUAAUGUAAGGUUAUCACGUUAUCGUAUGUUACAUAGGUACGGGGAAAUAAUGUGUUUCUUAUCCCUGAAAAACUUCGUUGAAUUUUUUUUUCCUUUUGUUUUUCUCUUUUUCUCUCCCCCGUUUUUUAUCACGUCGAUCGAAUUAGUUCUCUAUUUUACCUAAUCAACUCGUCCAGUUUUCAUACUUAUUUUUCCUUUUAAUUUUACAUUUGAAAUAUCUGAUAUGAAUAAUGAAUCGCGCGCAGUAUUAUAUACGCACUCCUUAAAACGCACGUUAUUUUGUACAUUAGUUGAUAAUAGUUUUUAAUCAUUCGCUCCCUCUUUUUUUCUUCUCUCUUUCAUUGAAUCCUUUUUUUUUUCAUUCGCUUUACUUUUCAACAGUUGUGUUUGAAAUUUGUUGUAACCGAAUUUCCGACGGAUUUAAUUAUAAAUACACGCACACACUAUACGUAUAUACAUAGCACGUGAAACACGUAGUGUAGUGUGUGUUGGUAAAUAUUAUAAUUAUAAUUAUUAAUAUUUUUAUUUUCUCCUUUUCUUUCUUCAACAUUCGCUGGUUUUUUUUUAUCAAUACGUGAAAUAUCAAAGGGGAAGGCUCUCUGUUAUUAUUUCCCCCUCAUCAACCUCGGGGCACUUUACAUAUAUCUUAAAUGAUUUAAUCGAAUUUAAUCAAUCAAUCAGGAAUGUCGUAGAAGUGGUUUUUCUCUAUUUGAACAUAUAGUAUUAAUAUAUUUUGUUGAACGGGGUUGUCUCACUCCUCGCGUAUAUUAUUAUUGUUAUUAUGAAAAUUAUUCACUUCAUUAUUAUUACAAUUAAUAUUAUUCUUAUUAACUUCAUCGUCAUCUAUUAUUAAUCAUUAUUAACAUUAUUGCCUAUUUCCUAUUUCCUAUUAUCAUCUUAUUAUUAUUAUUAUUAUCAAUAUUAGGGUAUCUUUUUCUCUUUUUUUUUGUUAUUUCUAUUUCUUAAUUCUAAUCUACUCGAAUCCUACGAAAUUACUUACGCGCGCAGUUUUAUUAAAAUGUCGCAUGUUAUCUCCACGUAAUGCACAUAAGAUAAAUGUACACAUAGAUUUAAUUAGUAGGACACAAAAUUUCAUUAGAUCCAGCUUGUUUCACUGUGUAUUACUGUACCUUAUUGCCUGCUAUUUAUCCCCCCGAAAACGGUGAACGUAAAAAAUAAAAAGAAUCGAGGAAUUACCUCAGGAAUUGUAAAUAAAUGGCUAGCUAGCAAUGAAAUCGAUGAAAAAUAAGAAUUUCAAAAAGAAAAUCAGCCCUUAAUCGCGGAUGUAUAUAGAUGAAUUAUGUAUAUCAAAAUUGUCGAUAGUCUUUGUUUGUUUGAUUAGUUAUAAAAUAGUUGUACCGUCAUAAUUAUUAUUGUAUUUUAUUUAAUCAUAAUCAUAAUAUCUGGAGCGUACAACGAGUGAGAGAAAGUGACAGAGAUGAACAACGUAAUAAUUUUCUUAUACACCUAACUACGCAUGUUGGAAAAUGAUCGAUUUUUUUUUCACAAUUCUCAACGUUCAAUCUUACUGUUAUUCAUCACGGUAGUAGUACUGUAGGUAUAAAUUCAAUUCUUAAGGACAAUCAUUAUGAUUCGUAUAAAAAAUCGUGAUACAAUUAGAGUGAUAAUUAAACGAAAUAAAGUAAUAUAGAGAGAUGAAACGAAAGAAAGAAAGGGGGAAGAGUAAUUGAAAUGAAUCAAAGAGUCUAGUUGGAAAAGAUCAGCGAAAAAUACGUGUUUAUUAAUGUUUCGAAAGUUUUUUUCUUUUUUCUCUCAACGAAAAAUAACCGUUGUGAAAUAGUCUUUGAUACCUCGAUAUAAAAAAAAAAAAAAAAGAGAAAAAACGGAAAUGCAAUCGGCUUCACGUUUUCACAUUUCACGUAUCACAAACGGAACCUGCAAAUCGUACGUACGUACGUAUGUUGCAACAAACGUGCGACAGCAUCGCUAUGUUCUCUUUUCUAUUUUUUUUUUUCUCUUUUCUCUAGUCUUCCCGGAACUUGCGGACAGAUAUUAAUUCUUAUCGUCCACAACUUCCGGCCUAUCUUGAGACUAUUCAUAUUUACAUGAGUAUAUAUCUAUAGAUUUUAAUUAUAUGUAAAGAUCCGUACGUUUGACACGUAUUCGUAUAUACCCGUCAUAUUGAUACACUUAUUCAAUAAGGGUAUGUAUGAAUUACAUGAUCUCAUGUUGAAAAAGUAUAAUAUAAAAAAGGAAAGUAAAUGCGGUGCUGUCAACGUUGUAGGAAACAUGAAUGGGGAUAAUUUUCGUUUUUUAUUAUUAUUUCUUUUAAUCUCAUUAACCAUAAUUUAGGGAACAAAGUACCUCGUUGAUUUACCGUUUUUUGAUCUCAUAAUGUUAAAUAUCAAAAAUGAAACAGAAUUUUCGUUAAUUUUCCCUCCAUUUCUUUUCUCUUUCCAUUAAUGCAUAUCUAAUUGUUCUUAAUUGAAUUUUUUUGUUUCUUUUUUAUUUUUUUAAUUAUAAUUAAUGUAACAGUCGAUCGAUCCAGUGUAAAGAUUAAUAACGGUGCAUCUCUAUUGUCCGUAAUUAAUAUUAUUGUUAUUGUUAUUAUAUUUUUCGGUACUAUUAGAAAUUUUUUAAAAAUCAUCAAAUCUUCGAGUACCUUGUUUUCUCCUUUUGUUUCAUUAAUUUAUUCAUGCAACUCUAUAUGAGCAGCUCGCUCAUUCGAUAGUAAAAUAAUUCAUCUAGUAUACGAAUUUGAAAAUUAGCAAAAUAAAAAAAGGUCGUUAUAAAUAAUGAUGUGUUUUUUUUUUUUUCAAUCACAUUUCAUUCAAUUUCUGUUUUUUCUACUAAAAAAUUCCGCUGGAGACGUGUGCCAAUUAUUGUACAUCUGUUAGAGGCACGAAUAACUUUUUUUGACAUAUCGUUGCUCAGAAACGAAAGAAUAAUUGAUUUGAAAUUAAGGAGAAAGUAAAAAAAAGACACGGCUAACUUUUUUUUAGCUAUAAAUAGCCGAAAUGUUGGUACUAUAAGUUGUUACUUAAUUAAUCUUAUUUUACCGUAUUUAUAACUAUUAUUUAACAUUAUUAUUAUUAUUAAUUAAUUAAUUUUCUCUCUGCUCAAAUUUGCUAUCGGAUUAUUCGAAAAUAAGAGAGAAACUAAUAUGCAAAAAAUAAGAACAAAUGGAAUACAAGUACAAACAAAAAGAUAAUAUGAAAUAAAAACCGGCUAACGGCAAGGCGUCAUUCUUAACUAAUGUACCGCUGAGAGGAGUGUAUGAUAUCAAUGAUUUUCGGUGAAAGAAUUAUCAUUACUUCCGUAUCGAUAAAUAACUCAAUUGGAAGUAUAAAAAAGAAAUCGGAUUAACAAAUAAAGAUUCUCGGUUGAAAAUCGAUCAAUCGUCCGACAAAAUCAUUCGAGAAAGACAGAGAAAUCAAAGAAACGAAGAAACAUGGCGUCUCGAGUGAACGCCGUAAUAAAGUUUCACUGUUUAAGAAUUAUUUAUAAGUCAUCGUAUAACAUCGCCUAUUAUUAUUAUUAUUAUCACUAUCGUCGUCAUCAUCAUUAUCAUCAUCAUCAUCAUUAUUAUUAUUAUUAUUUUUAUAUUUGGUUACGUGUUCGUCUCUAUUGAUAGUUAUUAUAUAAUUCAAUAUCAAAUAACACCGCGUUGACGCGUCAGUCGCGUCAUGUUAAAUCGGAAACCACCUGAAACUGUCCACUCAAUUUGAUGGGGUAAUCAACGAUAAAUUAUGAUUGAAUGGAAAAAUAUAGAUGAUAUGGAAGAAUAUGUUUCGAUUGAUCAUUUACGUUUUCAUUGUACAACAUAAAUAGAACUUGUGCGUUGAUCAAAUAUUCAUACCGAAUCACGACGAUCGUUUUAAUCCAAUGGAUAUGAAAUUUUCUACCCUCAAUAUCGUGACUACCUUAACUACCUAUAAUACACCCACAAUUGGGGUACUUAUGUGCAUAAGAUACGGAUAUUUUCAACCGGAAAAAUUAAGAAAUAGAAAAAGUUAUCCCAACUUAAGCUAGCGGGUUACAGAUACACCAUAAAACAUGACGUGUAUGACAUAAAGAAAUUUGAUAUUGAAUUUAUAACAACUAUAUCGUGCUUUUAACUCUAUCAGUAGUUAUUAUUAUUACAUUUAUUGUUAUUAUUAUUAUUAUUAAUACUAUUAUCAUUAUCAUUAUGGAUGUACUCGUAGGAAACUAUCAAUGAUAUACGAUUAGCGGAGUCCCCGCCGCUUUGCGCUAGCUAGCCAAAAUUUAAUGAGAAACGAAAGAAAAGACAAAAAAAAAUUCUCUCGUCGUUUCCCCCGCGUUGAGGCAAAAAUUUCUUAUACAAAAAAAUAAACCAACAAGAAAAUUAAAGAAAGUAAAUGAGGAAAAAAUUACAACUACAACUACACGUAUACACACACACACCACGCACGUACAUACACACGAUUAUUUAUAGGACACGCAUAUACGUCGCGUGAAAAUCAUUAUCUGCGAUUAUUGUGCUCGUUGCAUGUAUACAAUUUAUAUAAUUGCAGAAUUAACUUUGAAUUAUUAUUAUUAUUAUUAUUAUUAUUUUUUGUACGGUUUGUUACAUGUUAUUAUUUAAAAAGAGAAAAAUGAAAGAAAGAAAGUAAUGAAAAAAAUAACAAAAAAAUACAAAGUGGAGGUAGAGAAAACUGGAGUAAAAAAAAACAACCCAAUUGUUCUUAAUUUAAUUGUAAAUCGUAUUUUUGUUUGUUUUUUAGUUAUCACUUAUUAUUAUUAUUAUUUUUUUUUUAUUUUGUUGUAAAAUGCUUUUUAAUAAUAUUUUCAGUUCAUAUUAUAUUCAAAUUGAGUUAUGGUGUUUAUUUUUUUCUUCUAUACAAUAUUACCUACCCGAUUCCUAUACAUAUUGUAAUUUAAGGUAUGAAACGUCGAUUGUGUUGCAUACCAAUCCUCCUUCCACCCCUGGAGUGAGUAAUAUUUGGAAUGUUUUGAAGUCAAAAUUGAUUAAUUUUCAAGCAAGUUUAAACCAAGGAGAGAAACGUUAUUUGGUGUCGCAUAUCGAAUUUGAAAUUGUGGCUUAUACUGUUUUAAUCAAUUUUGAUAUUCAAGCUAACCAAUCCUCAUUCGCUCCCAUGUUUGCACUGUCCUUACGUAUACUAGGUAUACGCUAUUCACAUUCCAAAAUUCAAAAAUAAGUAAUGAAAGUAGGUAAUUGAUUUUUGUUCGUAGUUUUGCAGUGUUUCUUCUCCUUUUUUUUUUCUUUUCUUUAUUUUUUCGUGAAAUUAUAUCAUAUAAGUGAGUAAUUUUUAUCGUAAUCGUAUUUUUUAAUUGUGGUUGUGGCGUCUUGAAUUACGAAUUUCGGUUCGAAAGAAUCGGAGACGAAAGAAAAUUCAACCGAAGCAAAAUAUUCCAGUGAUUAGUUUUUCCAUCCAGAUUCAUGAGAUCUCGUAAAUUGGAUAAUAAUGAUAACUAAUUUUUAACGUUGUUCUUCAGCGCAUUGAUUUUUUGAUACGUGUCUAUCUGAGGAAAGAAAAUAAUUUAUCCAAAUACUAAUAACAUGUUUCAACGGUAUAACUUCAUGUUUUUUGACGCGAGAGAUUAUCACGUGAAAUAGAAUAUAUUUGAAUCAAUGCACAACAACCUUUCAGCCGAAGAAUUUCAUUCCUAAUUCGUACUGCCGAAGUAGGUAGUAUAAUAUCACUUGCAAAACUCAAAGGUAGGUGCGAAAAAGACGAUCGUUUCUACCGAUCAUUUGAAGGUGAAAAAAAUGUAAAUUCAUUAAUUUAUAAUGAGUAACGAAAGGCGCAACUCUCUUGGUUAUGAAUAAAUAGGUAGGUAUGUUAUUUACAGUAAAAAUUGUAGUGCUUGGUAAAAUUUUAUCCACAGUAAUUAGCCUGCAUUUUGAUUUUGCUCAUUUCAUGUAAAUUUAAAAUAUUCUUCUCUCAACGAUUAUAAGUUGAACAUAUUUGAUCUUGCCCCUCGCCUCUAACAAGUCAAGUUUUACGAUCUCAGAAAUGAAGAAAAAAUUCAUUUCUUCUUUCAACAAUUAACACAUUUCAACCGCACGUGUGUUUCAACCGAUGAAUCUGACAUAAAUAUUUUUCUCAUUUCCUAUCAUGAUAAAUAACAAAUAACGAAUGUCUGAACUUGGAGGAUAAUUAUGAAAAAUAAAAUAAUAAUAAAUAUAAAUAAUAAAAAAUAAAUUAACAAUUUUGUUGACACAAUUAUUCACUUCGGUCAAUAUGUAAUUAACGAUCGUGUUUAGUCUGGUUACUGUUUAGAAGUUAUAAGUCGAUAGAUGAUAUAUUUUUGUACGUUCGAAUGGGACGCUUAAGAAUCAUAAAAUAAUAAUAAAAAUUAACAAAAACAACAACCCUAAUAAUAAUGAUAAUAAUAAUAAUGAAUUAUUGUUAUUAUAUGUAUUGAAGACGUCCGCGACACAACCAUAAUAAUAAUAAUAAUAAUAAUAUUUCUAAUAAUAAUAAUAAUAAUAAUGAUAAUAAAAUAAUGAUAAUAACUUGAAAUGAUAAGCGUCUCAACGACGCGUGGCAACUCUGGUAAUUGAAUACCAUUAAAUACCUACACUCUUCCCGGGCCCAAUUAAUGUUACUUGAUUCUAUUGAUUAAUGAAUUAAUUAAUUAAAUGAUUCAAUCGAUCAAUUGAUGAUUAUUAUUAUUAUACUGUACACAUGGUAUAGGUAUAUAUGAGUGAUCGUCUAAUUUUGAAACUAUACGUAUGAGUCGAUGAAAAAGAAAGAGGGAAAAACAAACCAAAAAGCGGAACAAAAAAAAACAGAGAAACCAACAAAAUUAAAACACAUUGCGAUUGAAUGAGAAUUAAACGUUGAUUUUUUUUCGUUUUUAUUUCCUUCCAAAUCCAUGCGCAAGUAAGUUUUAUAUUAUCAGAGAUUGCAAAUGAUACACGAAAGAAAUUUUUCGCGGUGCAGGUAAAGACGAACGCACAUCUAUGAAAGAAAAGAAAUAAAAUAAAAAUGGCGAUAAUAAUGAAAGUGAAAGAAUCACAGUAGUCAUUAUUGUAUCAUACAAGAAAAAUCGAGGAUCCUACCGAACUUGACUCUAGAAAUCAGUAUAAGAUGAAGGUAUAAGAUACGUUUGUAUCGCAGGGAGUGUUGGAGUUGAUUUUUUUAUGUCUUAAAACUACCCCAAAUAAUUUACGUCGAGAUAUGGAAAUUCUGUGAGAUUAUUCUACACGCCAUCCGCAUACCUUCGCAAAAAUGUCGCGGAGAGGGUAAGAGAGUAGAGGCAAAACAAAAGUAAAAAAAAUGGAAAAUGGAUCACCGAUUAUACGGAAAGGGGAAGAUGAAUAUUUGAGAAAAAGAGGAAAAAUCCAACCGGUGCAAGUUCCGGAUUUAUAAUAGCAGCAAUAGCUGAGUUAGUCCCGUGAAAAACGAGCACAGGAAUUGACAAGGUAAAAGCAGCGUUGAACAAAAGGGAAAAAAGUAACACGGAGAAAAAUGAGAAAUGAAACGGUAAUGAAAUAACAAAAAAUGACGAAGCGCGGUUUUGUACUUUCUAAUGCACACUCGAUCAUUAUUAUUCUUGUCUAUUGUACUUGUCAUACGUAUAGGUAUAAUAUUUUCGGCUGAUGACAAAUAGAAAUUAUUCUAAUCUAUUACAAAUUGUAUACCGAUCGCACCGCGUCUCUAUCUCCGCCUUGAUAUAGGUACUUAUGAAAAUAUAACGAUGUUUUGAGGGAAAAUGAAAAUCGGCUAACUGCAGGUACACGGUGAUGAAAUAUAUGCUUUUCCAAAAUUUUUACACAAGUCAAAUAUAUAGUUUUCAAUGAUAAAAUCUUCGAAGUAUACGCUUUUUCGGUAUUUUGCACCAUAUAUAUAUAAUGCGUAGUUUGUUUCUAUGCAGAAAAAAAUAGAACAAAAAUGAAAAAAGAAAAAAAAAAAAAAUUUCAAACUAAAAUCUAAAAAAUUCUUGUAAUAGAAUCGAACUUCUGCAGACACACAACCUAUUCUUGUAUUGCCGUAGAUAGGUAGUCUAACCAUAUAGUAAAUAACAUAUUUGUAGUGAAAAAAUAAAUUAAAAAUUAGAUUAGUAAUGAGAUUAUCCAUUGAUACGAUAUAGGAUAACAGUGAUCUAAAACUAAAUUUCUAAACUUGAUGAUAUAAAAAUAAAAUCAAAUUACCUAAUUAAAAUUGCGCAGUAUAUAUAAUUAUCACUAAUUAGUUGUACGAUCAAUAUUAUAUACAAGUAAAUUAUAACGGACACGGAGAAAAAGUAAGAAUAAAAAAAAUAAAAAAAACCAACAAAUAAGAAAACUAAGAAUAUCGAGAACACUAACAGAAAAAAUUUACGAUCUAACGAAAUGUCCCGCACGCUCCCGAAAUGACUUCCCACUACCAAGGAUAACAUUUUAAGUAAUGUGAAACAGAAAUUAAUAAUGACAGUUAUUGAACCAAAAUACAAUGCUUUAAUUACCGGUAAGACUGAAGAAUCAAAGGUAAUAAAAUAACGAAGCCCAAUCUUCGCGUUUAUUGAACCAGAUACAUUAUGCUUCUUAACAAUCAAACGAACAACGCGGUUUACGAUUAUCAACGGUGGCGCAUUGUAGAGCGCGCUGCAUCAAAACGUAGUACUUUGUUAGAAAAAUAGAAAAAAGAAAAUAAAAAAAAAUAUAAAAAAUGGGAAAGUAAAAAUGAGGAAUAAGAGAAAAGCGGAAAGAAAUGAAGAAAUUCAUGAAUUAGGAAAGGACGGAAACACGGCCUCUUCGGAAAAUACAAUGAUGAUGGUGGUGAUGAAAUUCUUCUUUUUUUUUUUUUUUGUUACGUAUAAGUGAUCCUGUCAAUGACGAUGACAAUGAUUAUGAUAAUUAAUAAUAGUGCAUUAUUGAAAAGUAACAUUAAAAUUAUUCGAUGCUAUAAAACGUUCGGAAAUAAUCGAACCAACAGUCGCGACUUUAUACCUACCGCGUCUCUUCUCGAGUUGAGAGAGAAAAAAAUUAAAAAUCAAAUCAAAACUAUUGAUGAUGACGAAUGAUGAAAUCGCGGACUAUAUGAUAUCCUUAUACAUGUGGAAAUAGAAUGCAUGUUGAAAUAAAGAAAGAAAAUUGGGACGAAAUACCAAAGAAACAAAAUGAAAGAAGAGAAAAAGAACGAAGACGAACAAUUUAUACAUUUACCUACUAUAGUUGCGGGAAGUUACUAUACUAUACAUAUAAUACGAAGAGAGAAAGGGUUUUAUGUGCGAAAUUGUUGAAUAUCUAUAAGUUUUGAUGCGAAUGCGAAUUUAUAUGAAGAACAUUAUAAAGCAAAAGAAAAGAAGAAGAUGGAAAUAAGAGAAAUUUUUGGAAUCAGUAAUGCACGCGAACGCGAGCUCGCAAGCCAAUGUGUUGAAUGAAAAAUAUCUAUACAUAUGGUAUAAUAUCGUAUCGUGAAGUAACGUAACUUAAAUAACACUAACAUAUAAUAUUUGUAGUAAUAAAAGUAAUGUUGAAAAGAAAAAAGAAAAAAAAAAGAACAUUUCCAGUAUUCCAUGUCUGUCUAUAAUACUACUAUUAUAAUUGUGAACGUUUUAAAGUAUAUAUAUAUAUACCUAAAAACCAGAGAAAAAACAACUUGAUAUAUAGGUAUAUGUGUAUGUAUGCAUAUACAUAUAUAUAUAUAUAUAGUUAUUAUAUAAUUAUUAUUACUAAUUAUAAGCGUGGGGUUUAUUGAAAGUAAACGUAAGUCGAGUGUUUUUGUCGGCCAUUUCGUUGAGCCACCCGCCAUCUUGUUAUUACAUUGUAAGCGUAAUUAUGGUUAAAUGUCUAGUCAUGGCCUCUCAAAUCUUUGCUAUUUCGUAUAGUGCGUAUACAUUAAUGUAAUAUAUAUAUAUACACAAUAUAUAUAUAUAUAUUACGAUACUGAUACCACGAUAACGAUAAUAUUAAUAAUAAUAACAAUACAUCAACAUAUGUAAUGACAAUGUUAUCAUAAAUACCAAUAAUAUAAUGAUAUAAAUUAUCGUAACGUAAUAAAUAAAAAUUAUUACUAUGUAAUCUACUCAUAUCUAAUUGUACUAAUAAUAACGAUAAUAACGGUAAUAUUAAUGAUGCUGAUUCAUUACAUUUAGGGGCUAUUGAAACAAAGAAGAAAAAAAAAUCAUUGAAAAAAAAUAGGAAAUAGAGAGAAAAAAGUGAAAAAAAAGAAAGCGUUGUUUGACAAGUUUUACAUAGAAGUUAGAAAUUGCGAGUUUAUAAGUCAGAUUCUUUAUCCUCGUGAGGUCGGAUUGUCAUAUAUGUAUUUUUUUAAAUUUUGAAAAUAAAUGAACCUGGGAACAGAAAAAUAUUUGUAGGAUAUAUAUAUUUACCAUUUACUAACUAUACUAUUAAUGCCACUGUUUUAUGUACUAUUGAAAAGACGAACAAGAAUGAAAAAUAAAAUAACAUGUAACCGAAAAGGAACAAAAAAAAAUUAAUGGUCGAAUAAGAGAUGAGAGAAAACAGUUAACUAAACAAACGAGAUGGACGGUAUGUAUGAAAAAAGUUCGACGUCAAAAUGAAAGAACAACUUCGAACAAAUUUGGAGAGGAGAAAAUAGAGAAAGGAACAAUUUUUGAGGGAAAGACUAAGAAAAUAAUCCAAAUAAAAUACCCAAAACUGCGCGGCAUUUUGAAUGAAAAAUUAUUCAAAAAAGUGUAUAUCUGUCUGACACAUAGGUAUACAUUCCAUGUGUGCAAAAAAUGCCUACAACUGCGUACAGUAGCGUCCAUAAUUAAACACACUAUGUGUACAUAUACAUAUAUAAAACAUACGUACAUAAUGUUUGGAAAGAUUAACAAAAAAAGAAGUUUUUUUGGUGUUCGCGUAUCUAAUCAUUUGCAUUUAUUCUUAUACUUGAAUAAUAAUACUAAUAAUAAUGAUAGAGAUAAUGAUUGUAAUAGUAAUAAUAAUCAUGCUAAUGAUUUGUGAAAUAAAACGUUGCAGAUCAAAAAUAAAAUAAAGAUGUACGAAUAAUUCAAUUCUAUUGAAUUUAUACACUGACGAUGCGAAAAUUUUGAGCGAAAGUUUAUAAAUAAAAUUGAAAAAUUUCUCAACUCGUUAUUUCAAAGAAACUUUGCCACGAAUUUCGUUUUUUCUUUUCAUUUUUUCAGUUAUUUUUUAUUCUAAUUUUAUUGAAGAGUUGAAAAAAAAUCGAAUCAAAUCAAAUCACGUCGGCUCUAAAUAUUAUUACGGUCGGUAAACAUAAUUAUAUAGGUAUAUGUAUUAUGAAAAAUAUUUUUCGAUAUUCAAAUAUGGCGCCGGUGUAGUAAUCGAUAUCGUAAUACCUAUUUUGAAAAUAUUAUAGGUAUUGUAAAAUAUCUACUGCAGUAGCGUUAAUUACAUGAAUAAGUGAAAUAAUACUGACAACAAAAGUAAAAAAUAGAAAAAAAAAUUAAAAUUAAUUAAUGGGAAUGCAAAAUUAACGGAUAGAAAUUAAUGUGUUGCUAAAAAGACAAAAAAACAAAAAAAAAAAAACCAAAAAAAAAGUAUGUAAGUAUCUUCAUGUCAAUUAAUCUAGGGAACAUCAAAAAACGAAACCUUGAAAACUGAAACAUUUUACGAAAAAGAAAAAACAAAAAAAAAAUUUGCGGGAUCGUCCCGCUAUCGUGCAGUGUUGUAAUGCAAACCAAAAGAAAGUAGGAGAAAAAAAAAGGAGAAAAUUGAGAAAAAGUUAAUUGAAAAAAAAAGAACAAGGAAAAAUAUUAGAAUAAUAAAGACUAGAUUAAAGAAACCAAAAACUAUAAAGUGGAAUUGCGAGAGAAAGAAAAACUUUUCUUAGCCACAUGCCAGUUUUCUACACUUAUAGACUCGAACCUAUUUCGACUUCGGAUAAAAGAAAAAGAGAGAGAAAAAAAACCACUCGAGAUAAGAUGAAUUUUUGAAAUAAUUGUAAGUAAAUGUAAAAAUACUGUUAUAAUUGACCGGAAGCACCGUCUAUAAUUGUUUCGCAACGAACGCGCAGUGUUACGUGCCAUUCGUAAUACUUAUAUACGUAUAGUUUAUGCGAAAUAGGAAUUUUCGAAAAAAAGAAAUGAAAUGAUGAGAUAAGGAAGUGAAAGAAACCAUUUUGUUUUGGCCUAUUAUAAACUAAGAUUAAAUUGCUUAUCUAUUGUUGCACCGAUGUAUACGGCGCUGUCAAGUGUCCGAAAAAAAUUUGAAGAAAUUUCAGUUCUGAGAGGGAAAAGAAUCUCUGGCGAGAACAAAUCACGUGAACAGCAACAGAGAAGAAAAAUCAUUGAAUUGUAACGAUAAAAAGAUAUGAAUAAUCAAAUAAAAUUCUGGGGUUCCUUAAGAAAAAACGAUUGGAGAAAAAAAAAAGAAGAAAAACUUUGUACUUUUAUCGUUCGACGAAUAAUCGAUUAAAAAAAAAUUUCAGGGGAAAAGAGAAAAUUCAUUUCUUGCACCAUCGGUCAAAGAAAACGUAUUACUCCGUAAUCAACUAAUAACGAUAAUAUUAAUGAUAUUAAUGAUAAUAAUAAUGAUAAACAUUACAAUAAUGUUAAUGAUAAGUAAUAAUAUUUAGCUAUGUACGUUGAUAUAUGAUAUAUACCGUCAUUAUUGAAUGUAUUUGUCAAAUGUUUGUAUUUUUUAAUUAACUGCGUUUUGCUCAUGUUAGAUGAUGAUGAUUGAAUUUGAAUCGAAUUGAAUUGAAUUGAAUUGACAGUUCGCGUGUUGUUGAAUUGAGUAUUGAGGAAUGUUAAAAUUAUAGUGAUAUAAUCGAAUUGAAAUUAUUGAUAAAUUUUCUGUAAUUUGAUCACAAAAGAGAAAAAAAAAAAAUCGUUUCAAAGCGAGAAAGACAUUAAAAGAAAAGAAAAAAAAAAUAAACCAAAAUCAAAGAAUGACGAUUAUCUUGCCCUAUAAAUACCCAAUCCUAUAAAAAAAAUGGAAAAAAAAACGGACUGUGAUGAUCUGCGAAAUUGAGAAGAAAAAGAUGAAACGAACUUACACCCAGUUAUAACGUAUCUUUUUUUACAUAUCACCUAUUUUUUGCCCCCCCCCCCCCCCCCCCCACCCUGCCAAAAUUAGAUUGUUGUUGGCGAAUUGAAGAACCGAGAGAAGAAAAAACUCAGUUUUUGCUAAAUUCGAAAAAACGUGCCCAAAGAAAAUGAAAUCUACUCUCGCACUUAUUAUCAUUAAAUACAGCACUCACUCACCUAUGAAAAGAUAUCGACCUAAUUUUUCGUUGAAAUUGUUUAAAUAAAAAAAAAAAACAGGGAAAUCGGAAAAAUUAAGUUAUUAUCUUGCAACGUAAAGAAAAAAAAAUAUACAAUAAAAUCCACGUAACCCGCGAAUGCCCUAAGAUGAGGUAUAGAAUUAAAAAAAAAUUAUAUAAUGCAAAUAAAAAUGAUGCCGAUAACGAAGAAAAAAAAUUUAUUUAAUAGAAAAAAAAAAAUCACAUAUUCCCUACCCAAGAUGGAAAAAAAUGACGAAAGAAAAUUAAUUACAAUAGGUAUAACUUGAAUAGAAUAGGGAUAAACAGUAGUAAUAACCAUAAUAAUAAUGAUAAUAAUCAUAUAUCGAUAUCGUAACAUGUGAAUGUGUUAGCUAGGUCUUCUUGAAAUGAACUGUAACUGAACACCAACGCUGUAAACGUACUCCUUAUAACAAUUAGUUAUUAUAUUUAUUAAAAUUCAUCGAUAGGUACGAGUAUAUAAUUACGCCCACGUAUGAAUUUGUCCCUAUGAUACAUACUCAAAUAUGGUAUACACGAAAUAGCGCCAUAAUGAUAAUAAUAUUAUUAAUAACGAUAAUGGUAAUGAUAUUAAAAAAAAUUGACUUUGAAAACAAAUACCGAAGAAAAAUUUCAUAAUAAAAUCAUUCAACUGAACAUAUUAUUACGCUGCUUAAAUAUAAUAGCAUUUUCUGCGUAAAUUCGUUAAGAAACUAUUCCAAUAUUUAUUACAUACGUUAUCAUACACCGUACAGGGUGGUUUGGAAAAACUCACCCUGUAUACGUAGGCCGAUGAAAAAAAUCCGUCGCAGAUUCAGAUUUAUAUUAUUCAUUUAUCAUUCGAUCGAUCGAUUGAUUGAUUUUUACGAUCGAAAUUGCGCCGCAGUUAAAAAUGAACGAGAUAAUAACCUGAAAAAAAAAUAAUCAAAUAUCCGUGUGGAGAGACGUAAAAUUCAUACACAUCAUUUAUUUGAUCAGAUAUUGUUCAAGCUUUUAUUGUAUUUGUGAUUCUUGCUGAUUUUUCUUUUUGUAUUUCACAUUUUGUUAAUACAGGGUGUAAUUGCGUGUUAAUUAGUCGGCCAACUGGUUGAAAAUAAUAAUAGUAUUAUAUGGAAAACAAUUUUUCAAUAUUAAAAUAUGAGGAUUACGAUGUUUUUUUUUUUUUUUUAUCGCUGUACCGAUUUUUCGGAUUUCUUUUUCCACCGAUAUAUUUUUCCAACAAGUAUAUAAGUUUUCUGUAUUCUUUCCUUGUAAUUUUUCAUCAUAAAAAGUACCAAUAUCAUUCUAACGAAUGUCAAGAACAAUUAAUUGUUUCAACACGGAUUGGUUAUAAAAAUAUUCGCAUAUUUGAGGGGCGCGUGACGGGGUUGGGGGGGUCAUAAGCCAAGAAGGUAAUCGUUCAAAAAUUUUCUUAUAAUCUACCUUCGGUCUUUAUCUUGUAUACACGUAGGAUGUAAUUAAAAUUAAAAUUCAUACCUAAUCAAUAUAACAAUGUUAAGGAUAACAAUAAUAAUAAUAACAAUUAACAGUAAGGGUUGAAAAUACGAGGAGUAAUGUUUUUGUUAAUUUGUUAUCGAAAGGGUCCAUACCUAAUCGUUGGGCUCUUGGUAUGAUAAUUUUAUUUUUUCUAUAUAAUAUCAUGUGAAUGUGUGGGGCUGCAUGUAUACUGCCUAUUGUAUAACCAGCCAAUGAUAUACGCGACCCUAAUAAAAUAAUAAUUAUUUUAAUGAUAAUAAUAAUAAUAAGAGCAAGGAGGAAAAUAAAAAUCAAACGACGUAAUGUUUCGUCUCUUGUACAUAUAAAAAAAAAUAUAUAAUUGGUAGCGGUUUUUUUCUUUAUAAUUCCUUUAAUUCAUCUUUACUGUUAGCGUCACGUUAACAAUAUCAUCUUAAUGACUAAACAUUGAAAUGUAUGUAUAAAUUAUUAUGUGGACGACGUAUGUAAUAUAUUCAAAUAUAUUAAGGUGUGUGUUUUUUAGUAGAAUAGCCGGCGGAAAAUUGUUCGCGUGCCGCAUAAGCAGGUGUGUAGCUUAGCAAUAGUGGACGUAGUAUAGUAGUGGUACACGAAGAAAGUUCUUCGAUUCUCAACCAAAAAUGAAAAAAAAAUAAAUAAAAAAGGAAGAAAAAGAAAAAGAAAAGAAAAAAGAGAACGAAAAAGAAAAAAUUUCGAACGAUUUUUGGAGAAAAAAACUCCAACGAGUGGACAAAAAGAAAUGAUCUAUAAAAAAAGAUUUGAAGAAACGCAAUUGUUCGAAUUGAUGUAUUUCGUUCUUAAUUUUUCUUCCUUUCUCUCUUUCUUUCUUUCUUCAGUUUGCGUCUUUAGAUUUAUAAAUGCAUAUAUUAUCGAUUGAUGAGUAUGAACAAUAAUAAUAAUAUUAAUAAUAUUAAUAUUAACAAUAAUAAUGAUUAUUAUUGGAAUAAUAUCGAUUUUACAAUUAUAUAAGCUGAUUAUCCCCGAUUCACAAUGUUUCCGGAACACGUUAAAAAUAAAUCAUUGAUUUUUUCACUUCCUUGUUAUACAUAUUAGGCAUUAACAUAUUAAUAUUAAUAAUGAUAAUAACGUUAAUAUUAACAUUAAUAAUAAUAUCAGACUAUGGAAUUUAUACGUAUAAGUUCAAUUCACACGAUACACAUGCAUAAUAUACCGCAUUUCCCAGCGAUUACAACGUUGUAUAUCUGGUUACCUGUCAUCGAGCGCAAGAAUUACGCCACAUCAAACUAACGCCCUUUAAUGAAUAUGGCGCUAUAGGGAAAGUGGCGCCUGACGGCAGUCAACCAGACAUACUGCGGUCUAAACGCUGAGACACGGGGUAUGUAUAAAAUAUGUAUAUAUGAAAAUUUGUAUCACUCUUUGAAUCGAAAAAUUAUACACACGUACGCACAGGAACGAAAAAGUAAAUAUACAUGUAUGUAUGUACGCAUGCAUGCUGUAUAUGACUUAAUAUGCUUCUUAUCUUUGUUAUUAUUAUAACUUUUUUCGCAUCAAGAAGCAUAGAAAGAAAGCAAAUCGAGAGGAAAAAAGAAGCAACACUUUUUAAAAAUCUCACUUUAAUAUUGUAUUAUAAGUCAUAUAAUUCCACCGCCCUCUAAGACUGACUGUUCUUUCUUACGUACUCGAAUGAAACUUGAAACAAAAGCUACGUAUUAACAAUUUUUCUACACUUUUCAAUUAUCGUACACGAUAAUUAUACUCCUAAUUCCCGACGUGAGCCCUUGACAAACUUAUAAAAAUAUCUAACACUCUAUACGGAUACUAAAAAUUCCCAUAAAGUCAAACGAUUGAUGGGAAAAAGAAAAGAAUGAAAUUGAAAAACAAUGUUAUUACGUCAGAAUUCGAUGACGUUGAUAAUUUCGUUUCAAAAAUAAUCACGUAUGUUGACGCACCAAUUGAUGAAAUCGAAAGCCAAAACGAGGGGCGAAAAAUGGCAAAAGAAAACGAAUCAUCAAUCUGUUACACAUUAUUAUUAUAUCAAGUUGAAAAUAAAUCGAAACGUUGAAGAAAAAUGGAAAAAUGUAAAAAAAUAAAAUGAAAUAAACAAUUUGCCAGAAGAGUUGAUUUUUGUAUCGUGAGGCAAACAAAUGAUGAAGAAAUUGAUAAUCUUAAGAUUAGUAAAAUUCAUAUGAAUUGAUAUCGAUAAUUAUUCAAUAAUGAUCUAUGGCAUAGCAUGUAUCAAAUAAUAUUAAAAACAACAACAAUAACAUUAACAACAAUAAAACGACAAGAAUUAAAGCGUUGCGUGGAUACUAACUGCAUAUGAUUGUUAUUCUAUUAACACGAAAGAAUGAAAAUUAAAAAGAGAAAAAACAAAUACGUACUUGAAACAAUUGAAAUAUUCUGAUAUAUGAAAUUAAUUACUGUAUAUGCUUUUGACGAAAUUUAUUUCAAUACUUAACAAAAACAAAUUUUUUUUAAUUUUUUCUUCACCCUCUAUGGGUGAUGCUAAUGUCAAAAAUGAAGGUCGAAAUAAAAAAGGUCAGGGUCAAAGGCGGGCGAGUUGGCGUGAAAUGCCCCAUGUAUACAUAUAUUAUAACAAUAAUAAAAAUAAUAACAACAACACACAAUUACCUAUUGACGUGAUAUUGAAACGAGAUUAAAAAAAAAUUAUCGAAUGCGUUUUUAUUCCUUUUUUUUUGGUUUGUUUUUUCUUCAAUUUUUUUAUACACUGACUAGACACUUCAUUCUUAAAAAUAUUAAUAACUAUAAUUAUAAUAAUGAUAAUAAUAAUAAUAAUAAUGACGAUAACAACAAUAAUGCUAAUGAUACUCUAAAAUAACUAGAUAUAAACGAGUAAUUGGUAACACACCUAAUUACGGUGAAUAAUUCUAACUCUAUUUCUAUCUAUUCUUCUACUAAUUAUAUUUUUCUAUUAUAUUUGUACGUUGAAUUAUACUCACUAUUCUAACUAUAUGAUAUAAUGAAAAACCAAAAAAAAAAAGAUAAGAAAAAAGGAAAAAAAAUCAAGUAAAAUAAAAUAAAAUAAAAAACACGAAUGAAUAGAAAGUAGAAAAUAAAAUCGAGGAAAAGAAACGAAAAAAGAAAAAAAAAAAAAACAACUUUACUCUACGAUUGAUUAUAAAUGAAGACGAACAAUUCAGAAAGAAAUAGCCGAAAUGACAUGGAUAAUUGAAAUCAAUGACGAUUGAUACGAAAUUCAAGUUUUUCUAGGGUUACGUUACGUUUCAAGAUUUACGUUGUGUUGUGCAUUUUUUAUCUUAUAUUCUAUGUAUUAUUAUUAUUACGUAUGAUAUUUAUGUAAUGAAUAUAUAUAUUUAUAUAUUUAUUACAUGAUCAAUGAAUAAUUUAUCAUUAUAAAAUUUAAGUAUUAUAUUUAUAUACAUUAUAUAUAAGAAUCGAUAUGCACAAAUAUGAACGACACAAAAAUUUAGAAACAAAAUCAGAUUUAUGAAAAAAGGAAGAUAUAAUAGGUGAUAGCGAACAACUGAAUUUCAUCAUAGGAUGAAUAUAGGAUCAACCGAAAACUGGUCUCUCGACCAACUCUCGUAUGAGCAAAAUUUUGAUCGAUGAAAAAAUAAAGAAAUAGAGAAAACAAAAAAUAUGAUAAUCAAAUUCGUUUGCAGCAUAGUGUACGUAACUAUUUUACAGUUGCACGUGAUAUUUCUCCUAUUUCCUAUCUAACCUAUGAUUUUUGUGCAACCCCCGCCGCAGAUCCGUGUGAUAAAAGUUAUUGAGCAAAAAUAGUUAUACAAAUGAAAGAAAUAAAAAAAGGAAGAAAAAAAAAAGAAAUAUAUACUUGCCAAAUAGUGCACUCUAAUUUACACUCCGUUUCCAAACUUCUCCACGCAAGAGAAAAAAAACAAUAAAAUACGAAAAAAGAAUGUAAAAAUAAUUGAUUGUAACAUAACAUCGCAAUUAACGAUAAGUAGAACACCCCGUACCCUAAUAUAUUCAAUUUCAUCCGAAUACUGUAGAUCUCUAAAAAAAGUAUCUGCGAAUGAAAAGAAAGAUGAAUAAAAUACAUUCCAUUCAAGCAUUAUUUAUUGAUAGACCCGAACGAUAAGUUACGAAGAUAACGACAAUGAUUAUGAAAGAAGGAGAAAUUGAAACUAAAACAAAAAAAAAUAAAUAAAUCAAGUAAAGGACCUACAAUUAUUAAUUAUAAACAGUUAAUUAAAGUGUUAACUAUUAACUAUUGAUAAUUACACAUACAUAUUAUUAUUAUUAUAUACGAUGAAUCGAUAAAAUCAUCUCUUUCACAUAACAUAUAUAACGUUACGCAGCUAUGUGAUGGAGAUAAAAAAGAAAAAAAACUGAAAAAAAAAAAAACUAGAAAUAAAAAACUUGUAAAUGGUUAAGGAUGUCGAUAGAGGGACAGGAAAUUGGGUGUGUUUUGUCCCAGAUCAGUGUUUCAAUGUGUUGGAUAUACAUAUGUAUAAGUUUCACGACAAUUACGACGACGAUGAUGAUGACGGCGAUUAUGAUUUUGCGUAUUUAUUGUAAACGUUUGCGAGAUAUGCUUUGCGUACAUUGAAAAAGAAACGAGCAACCAAAAAAUAUGUACAUGACUAUUUUUCAAAAACAGAUAGCGUCGUAUUACGAUAUAUAUUGAUUGAAUAAAAAUUAAUACGUAGGAAUCGAAAAAUUGUUUGAUCGUCAUACAUAACUUAUAUUUCGUGUCGUCAAUAUCCCGCGUAUGGUAUGAUAUCUGUUAGUAACCCUGCGUAAUAAUUAACGAUAAUCGUGUAAUAUUGUAUCGUAUAUAUAUAUAUAUAUAUAAAUAUAUGCAUACAUAUAUUGAUGCAUAUACGUAUAUAUAAUAUAUAUUAUAAUAUUAUGUAAGAGUGAAAACGUUUCAAGUUUACUGUUUUGAACGCCGUUUCAUAUAUGUAUAAAUAUAAUAUAGGUAUAAAUAUCGGACUCUCACGCACCCAUUUCCUGCCUUAUUUUAUCCGCGGGCGUAUAACAAUUAUUCACGUUUGUUUGGUUUUUAUUGUCAGAAGUUUCUAUUUUUUCAUAAUACGAUGAGUGAUGAUAUUGAUAUUAUUGAAUAAAGGGUGAAAAAAUUGAAAAAAAAUGUAACAAAAAAAAAAUUAAUAAAUAAUUUAAUGAAGACAAAAAAAGGAAAAAAAAACGAGGCGGUAUUCAACGUAAUCAUUAAGCCAAUAAUUAUAAUUUACAUUAUAAAAUAAUAUAAUACAUUCAACAUAAUGAUAACGAUUGAUAAAACAACAUACCAAUAAUUUAUAGGAUUUAUCAUAAUUGAAUAAUAAUGAUAACAGUACAUUGAUUGUGAUUAUUAUUAUUAUUAUUGCUGUUGUUGUUGUUGCUGUUGUUGUUAUUGUUGCUAUUAUCAUUAUCAUGAUUAUUAUUAUCAUUAUUAUUAAUAUUAUUAUUAAUAUUAUAAUCGUAAUUCGAAUUGAAAAUUGAAUCGCGCGUUGUAUGAUAUCGGGUGAGAUAUAAUGUAAAUGCCUACGUAUAUAUUACACAUCAUUAUAUCGAAGAAAACACGAGAGAAAAUUUGCAAAGUAAGAAAAAAAAAUUCAAUGCAAAAAAUAAAGCAAGAUGACAAAGACAAAUUAAUAGUAAUUUGCGAAUGACGUGUGUAAGUAAAGUAAGAGUACAUACCUAUAUAACAAAUAAGAAUAAAGAGUUUAAAGAAAAACCGAAAAGAAAAAACAUUUUUUUAUUUCUUUUUUAUGUUUCUUGUUAUCAACUAAGUGUGCCUAGUCAAUAGAAUAAUAUAUCAGGUCAAUUUUAAUAUAUUGUAUUAAUUAAUAUGUACACAUUUGUAGUUAUAUAUCAUACACGUGCACAUUAUACAUAUGUUAUUUGGAUAUGAGAUUUUUUUUCAAAUUUCCAUUUAAAUAUCAUUCGCGAUUAAAAUGAAAUGUAAAAUGAUGUAAUGUGUAAUGAUAAUGUGUACGUGUAUAUAUAUAGAUGCGUGUAUAUAAAAUAUAAUGCGUACACCUAUUGAAUAUUAAUUAUAUAAUAAUAAUGAUAAACGACAAUGAUUGUGCUGUGUUGUACUGCGAGAUUUUGCCCUGUGACGUAGACUUUACCGUAGGUUGUGCCAUUAUCUAAUAUUAUAAUAUAUAGAUCUUUGUAAGUAUUAAAAAUACUCAAAAUAAUAAUUAGAUAACUAUAUACAUACGUAUAGUAUAUGAAUACUAUUACAUACAUAUGACAUACGAACACACUUUACUACGCAACAACAACAACAACGACGACAACAUCAUUCACGAAAGAUAAAAUGAUCGAUCGAUCCUGAAAUAUAAUGAUUUCGUGUUGGAUGAUUGAAAAAAUAAAUAUGGACACGAUUACACGAAAAUUAAUUCGGAGGAAAAAAAAGAAUGAAAUAUACGGUAUACUAUUGAAAAUUAGUGAAUCCGACGCGAUUCACUCGCAAUCAGAUUUGUUGAAUCAUGUGUGUAUACUAUGAAGAUAUUAAGUUGACAGAAAACACAAAAGAUAACGUAAAAUGAAACACAUACAUACACGCACACGUACGACAACUAUACGUACGCUACGAAAGUAUGGAUCUAUGGAAAAAUUUUCGCUCGAAUUUUACCUAUUUUUGCCCAUGCACUCUCGUUAGUCCAUAGUAUAAUUUCCUGCACACGCUGCAAUUGGAGAUAAGAAAUUGAGAAAGAAGAAAGGAAAAAAAAAGGAUCGGGAGAAAAGUCAAAUAAGAUUGAAGCCGGGGCGGGUGAAUUGAUAUAUCGGUGAAAAGAUGGAAAA